ACCGAGUCAGAAGACAGCCAACGGCUCUGGGCUGCUGAUGAGAAUGACAACAUCGCUAAUGCACUAGUGCAGUGAAUAGUAACCGAACUGAAACAAACAGAGCCACCAAAGCGUCUAAACCACAAUAUAGCACACACUCUGCCUCCUUACCAUGCCGAGCAGUAAGGCUGAGAAAAAAGAAGUCAGCGAUAACGUCAAAGUUGUGGUGAGAUGUCGUCCCCUCAACCCAAAGGAGAAGACGAUGGCCUACAAGCAGUCUGUCAUGGUCGACGAGAUCCGUGGGACCAUAACGGUGAACAAACUGGAGAACCCCCACGAACCUCCAAAGACCUUCACCUUUGACACAGUGUUUGGGCCGGACAGCAAGCAGCUGGAUGUCUACAAUCUCACAGCCCGCCCCAUUGUUGACUCUGUGUUAGAGGGAUAUAAUGGCACAAUUUUUGCAUAUGGACAAACUGGCACAGGAAAAACAUUCACCAUGGAGGGUUAUAGGGCAGUACCAGAGCUCCGAGGGAUUAUCCCAAAUUCGUUUGCUCAUAUUUUUGGACAUAUUGCCAAGGCAGAGGGCGACUCCAGAUUUUUAGUUCGUGUUUCGUACCUCGAGAUUUACAACGAGGAAGUGCGGGACUUGCUGGGAAAGGACCAGCUGCAGAGACUUGAGGUCAAAGAGAGACCAGAUGUUGGCGUUUACAUCAAAGACCUCACUGGUUAUGUGGUAAACAAUGCGGAUGAUAUGGACCGGAUUAUGACAUUGGGUCACAAAAACCGGUCUGUCGGCGCUACAAACAUGAACGAGCACAGCUCCCGCUCUCAUGCCAUCUUCACCAUCACCAUCGAGUGCAGUGAGAAGGGGGUCGACGGUAACCAGCAUGUGCGCAUGGGAAAGCUUCAUCUUGUAGAUCUGGCAGGUUCAGAAAGACAGGGAAAAACUGGGGCCACGGGUCAGCGUCUGAAGGAAGCAACAAAGAUCAAUCUCUCUCUCUCUACUCUGGGGAACGUCAUCUCUGCCCUGGUGGACGGAAAGAGCACACAUGUUCCCUACAGAAACUCCAAACUGACCCGUUUGCUGCAGGAUUCACUGGGAGGAAACUCCAAAACCAUGAUGUGUGCAAACAUAGGCCCUGCAGACUACAACUAUGACGAGACCAUCAGCACCCUGCGCUACGCUAACAGGGCUAAAAACAUAAAAAACAAAGCUAGAAUCAACGAGGACCCCAAGGAUGCCCUUCUACGGCAGUUUCAGAAAGAGAUCGAGGAGCUCAAGAAGAAACUGGAGGAGGGUGAAGAAAUCUCUGGCUCAGAAGGCAGUGGAUCAGAGGAGAUGGAUGAAGGUGAUGAUGAAGCAGGAGAGGCAGGAGAAGGCAGACGGAGACGAAGGGGUAAAAAGAAGGUUUCUCCAGACGAGAUGGUGGAGAUGCAUGCAAAGAUUGAAGAAGAACGAAAGGCUCUGGAAGCCAAGCUGGACAUGGAGGAGGAGGAGAGGAACAAGGCAAGAGCAGAGCUGGAGAAGAGGGAGAAAGACCUUCUCAAAGCCCAACAGGAGCAUCACCUCCUGCUAGAGAAAUUAUCAGCAUUAGAGAAGAAGGUGAUUGUAGGGGGAGUGGAUCUUCUGGCCAAAGCUGAGGAGCAGGAGAAGCUCUUGGAGGAAUCAAACAAUGAGCUGGAGGAACGGCGCAAAAGAGCAGAGCAGCUGCGAAAGGAGCUGGAAGAGAAAGAGCAAGAACGUUUAGAUAUUGAGGAGAAAUACACAAGUCUGCAGGAGGAGGCUCAAGGAAAGACCAAAAAGCUCAAAAAAGUCUGGACUAUGCUCAUGGCUGCCAAAUCAGAGAUGGCAGAUUUGCAACAAGAGCACAACAGAGAGAUUGAGGGCCUCCUGGAAAACAUCCGCCAGCUGAGUCGAGAACUACGGCUCCAGAUGCUCAUCAUAGAUAACUUUAUUCCCCAGGAUUACCAGGAAAUGAUAGAAAAUUACGUCCACUGGAAUGAAGACAUUGGAGAAUGGCAGCUGAAAUGUGUAGCUUACACUGGAAACAAUAUGAGAAAACAAACCCCUGCUCCAGACAAGAAAGAAAAAGAUCCUUUUGAGGUGGAUCUGUCCCAUAUGUAUUUAGCAUAUACAGAGGAGAGCAUGCGGCAGUCACUGAUGAAACUAGAGAGGCCCAAAACCUCAAAGAGCAGUAAGAGUGGCAGACCGAAGACCGGCCGAAGGAAAAGAUCAGCAAAACCAGACACGGUGAUCGAUUCACUUCUGCAGUGAAGAUGUGCAGGAUUGGCCCCACUGCAGCUCUCCCCUACACUCCUGCUUUGAUGUAACAUAAAAGAAGUAUUUAGUCCCGCUUAUGGUUGAACAGUAAUAGACUUUGAGCGCACACUGUAUUCAUGGUGAGGUUUUAAAUGGGAUCAGGCAGCACCUUUUUUUCUUUUUAGGAAAACAACCACUAAAGUAUAGUAUGGACUUUAUGUACCUUAGAGCUGGGAAGAAUCAGAUUGCAAAAACUUUACAUUAAAAGACAGCUGCUUGAAGCAGAGCAUCACAGUCA